AGUACCCCCUGGUGGGGUAGACAACGCUAGGUGGUAACUGGCAGGCGGUGAGCGGGAAGCUUGGACCCUUCCCCUGCAAAAAGUUGAUGGGAAAGUGUGGUUCGCGGCUUUGGGACGAACCUGGCUGGUGAAAGGAGAGGAAUUGAAGAGUGAGUGAGGUGAGAGCAGGAUAAGCAGUUUGAUCCCCCCACACUUUAAAUCCGACACAAGGGGACAGCAAAGGCAGCACCCGACUUGCUGAGGAGCAAUUGAACAAAUAAAAACAUGAUGUCGGCGGCGCCAGGUAGAGGAGCGGCUGCUCUUCUGAGGGGUUCACAAAGAGUCUGCCUCAAAUGCGCACGAUCCUCCCCCACUGCCGCUCCCCUCCUCAGAUCAACAACCGCCACCACCACCCUCCUCCCUAGACGUACCUUCGCAGCCGAAGCAACCGCCCCCUCCUCCCCAAUACCAGAACAACCCACCACCACAACCACCCAACCACCACCCACCCCUGGCCCAGGCCCCUCCCCCUACCGCAUCAAAUCCGCCCUCAUCCUCACCCGCCCCCCCCUCCUAACCCGCCUCCCCACCCCCUUCGAAUCCUCCUUCUACCUCUACCAAAAACGCCUCAACGAGCGCCUCGUCGCCCCCUUCCGCAAAGACUACUACUUCAAGCAAGACACCGCCCACGACCUCGAAUGGCGCAUCAAGCUCAAGGAGCGUCACGGCGUGCCGGCCAAGGACAUCGGGCGGUACAACCCCCGCGGCCGCAUGGCCUGGAACGACGAGGUUCUCGUCGGUAGCACCGCCUCUUCCCCGGAGACGCUGACAGAAGUCCUGCUCAAAGACGCAGAGGUCAGAGUCAGUGAAGAUGGUGAACUGAUCGCCCCGGAAGAAAUCGUGCCGGUGGAGAAACCUAUGCCGAGGAGGACGGAGGCGGAUGAGAAGGGGGAUAAGACUAGGUUGGAUAGGAAGCUGGACGAGACGCUUUAUCUUGUUGUGAAGAAGGGGAGGGAGGGGAAGUGGGGGUUUCCGAUGGGGCAGGUUGAGACUGAUGAGGCAUUGCAUCAUACUGCCAAGAGAGCGCUUGCGGAGGCGGCCGGGGUGAACAUGAACACUUGGGUCGUCGGCCGUGUGCCCGUGGCUCACCAGGUGAUUGAGCCCGAGAUCGAACCCGAGACCAAGAAGCUCGUCAAGAGGGGGGAUAAGAUUUUUUAUCUCAAGGGGAGGAUCAUGGCUGGACAGGCGGAUCUGACGGGGAAUACCCAGGGGCUGACCGAGUUUAGGUGGUUGACGCAGAGGGAGAUGGAGAAGGUGCUGCCAAGGAGUGUGUGGGAGAGUGUCAAGGGGAUGGUGGAGUUGAGGUAGAAAGUUGCCCAUCUCAUGAGAUGGAGGGUAUUGUAUGUAUGUGUAUGAUUUAGUUUGGUUGGACGAAAGCGGAAGGCAUCAAAAAACUAAAGCAAAACAUUCGGGGAAAUAGGGGGAAUGUUUUGUGACUGGUCUAUCUGGGUGGGAAUGUACAAUAAUCUGUGAAAGAGACUUGUAGAACAUGUAUAAAGGGGCUUUUGUCUCUGUUGCGAGAUGGUAACAAAACGGGGGGGCUGAUCAUAAGAAAAGAGAUAAAUGAUAGUGACCCGGCUUGAAAA